AUGGCCGUACCCAAAAACCAACAGCUCUCCAUGGCAACAACUGUGUCCCAACCUGUUCUGGAUCCGAGUCUCUUAUUCAAAAUCUCAGUUGUCCAAGCUCCCAACUCUUCAGAAAUUACCAUUGUUCAAGGUCAACAACCAACCAAGAAGUUGGCAAAACCACAAGGCAAAAGAGCUGCCAAUACUGCCAACAAUAUUACUGCCCAUCCCGCCGCAAAUACCACCAAUCCUGCUGCUUUUCAUCGCUUUUUUUUUCCUUUUGUCUAUGUCUCGGGUUCUAUUUUCUGGGGGGAGGGCGGGGAGCAGAUAGCGACCCAAUUGAUGGCCAACUUGGGACCCGCGGUGUGUGCCGCAGCACCUUGGGUCCGUAUAGCUGGUAGUGCGGUCCCCAAAUGUAAGGUUUUUGGGACCCGAUUUAGGGACCGUGGUGAAGAUGCUCUAAGCCCUCCCCAGUCCUAA